CAAAUAUAGCAUGAUUUAUUGAGCUCAAAUUGAAGGAGCAGAUCGUUUAAUUACAAAUAUAAAGAAAAAAUGAAGUUAUUCUAGAAGAAAUACGUUCACCCUAAUUGUCCUGAGUGAAUCCAGGGUUCAGGUCAGUCCAGAGAGCAGAAGACGGAAACUGAUCCGCUGUGAAGAGUCUCAGAUCCUCCUACAGCUCCUCAAACAGCCAGCAGCAAAUCAGAACCCCGAAGAUCCUCAGAGCUGCUCAGGAAAACCGAUCCGGAGAAGCUGCUGAAGGACGCAAAGUUUGAUUCCAGCGCUGCAGAUGAAGAUGAGUCCUGUUGUGUUGGUUUGCUGUGUGCUGGUUGCAGCUGUGGCUCCCAGAUGUUCAUCAGAAAUGUACACGUCGCUGCUGAACGUGAAGCAGGCGAUCAGCGUGGAACGGAAGUUGAUCGAUUAUCUGAGAACUUAUAUCGAUCACGAACAGGAGAGACUGCAGGACAUCAAGCGUUUUUAUACAAAAGUGUCUGACCUGCACUCAGAACUUUACAAAGGCCCGGCAGCUGGGAUGGCGAACCCUCUGGUGGCCUUCACCCUGAUCAAGCGGUUGCACUCCGAGUGGCUGAAUGUCGUCUACAGCAACGAAGCUCUGGAAAACGCGCAAGCCCUCAGGUCCAGUUACGAGGAGGAAGAGGCCGAGCUGCCCAAACUGGAGGACCUGCAGGGGGCCGCCAAGGGGCUGAUGAGGCUGCAGGACGUUUACGCUCUGCAGGUUUCGAGUCUUGCCAGGGGUCGCUUCCAAAGAGUCGCUAACGGUGAAGCUGUUGAUGUCUACAUGCCUGCAGUGUCCAUCCCGCUGUCUGGUGAUGACUGCUUUCUGGUUGGGAAGGUGGCGUAUGAACAGGAAGACUAUUAUCACUCCGUGCAGUGGAUGGAGGAGUCGGUUCGUCUCUUCAGGGGAACCAGAGGAGAGUGGAGCCCUGAGAAUGAAGGAACCUUAGAAGAUGCUCUGGAUCACCUGGCCUUCUCUCAUUUUAAAACAGGAAACGUCUCCCACGCUCUGAGCCUGUCUCAGGAGUUACUGCAUCACGACCCAAUGAAUGGAAGAGUUCUGCAGAAUGUAGAGAAAUAUGAGAAGCUGCUAGUUGCUGCAGGUCCACCCAGAGGUGAUGGUCUGAGGAGACCCACCUCCACUUAUUUAAGGACCAGAGAAACUUAUGAGAGACUCUGCCAAACCCAAGGCUCUCAGCCAAUGCAUUUCAAGAACCCCAGACUGUUCUGCGACUAUUUCACCAACAACAACCCUGCACUGCUGCUGAUGCCGACGAAACGGGAGGUGUUGAGCUUACAGCCAUUUGUGAUUCUUUACCACGACUUCAUCACCGACGUAGAGGUUGAAGACAUCAAGAGUCUCGCCCAGCCUGGAUUGAGGAGAUCUGUGGUGGCAGCUGGAGAGAAACAAGCGACGGCAGACUAUCGGAUCAGCAAGAGUGCGUGGCUGAAGGGCUCAUCUCUCUCCGUCGUCGGGAAGCUCGAUCAGAGGAUCUCGACGCUCACAGGUCUAGACGUGAAGCAUCCAUACGGCGAAUACCUGCAAGUAGUGAAUUAUGGGAUUGGUGGCCACUACGAACCUCACUUUGACCAUGCUACAUCCCCUUCGAGUCCUGUCUUCAAGCUGAAAACUGGGAACCGUGUGGCAACUUUUAUGAUAUACCUCAGCCCUGUCGAGGCAGGUGGGUCCACAGCCUUCAUCUAUGCCAACUUCAGCGUUCCUGUCGUGGAGAAAGCUGCUAUCUUCUGGUGGAACCUCCAUAGAAAUGGUGAAGGAAACACUGACACCCUACAUGCCGGCUGCCCUGUGCUCAUCGGGGACAAAUGGGUGGCAAACAAAUGGAUCCACGAGUUUGGCCAAGAGUUCCUGCAUCGCUGCAGCCUGAACCCUGAAGAGUGAAACGGGGCAGAGGGAUCGCUGGGCCCCUCGGAGGACAAGCCUUUACAAUUUGGAGGCACACUUCAAGAGAAGGAGGCAGCCAGAAAGCGAGCGCUGAGGCAGGGGAGGAGAGAGCCGUGAAGGGGCAGCCUGCAUCUGUGAUUGGAGCCCCGGGCCCCAGGGAGCCCGGAGGUACAGCAGUGGACAUGGAGCUGGAGGUGCAGGAGGAGGAGGAGCAGCUGGCAAUCAGCCCCCAGAGGACAAAUGCUGCUUCUGGCCAGUUCCUGCAGAUGGAGAGAGGCCUCUGCAUUCGCACACUGCACUGGUUUCAGUAAACUGUGUGUUUACCUCCUGCCUGCUUAAAAAAACAACAUCUUAUCUGGCCCUAUUCCUACACUGGGGCCACUCAGGGGUCUGUUUUUACAAAUCAACAGCUGAAUCUUGAAAUUUAAGUUUGAAAUGAACAAAGAUUCUCAAUAUGCCAACUUAAAAUAUCCAUUAAAUGCACUGUUGUUGUGUGAUGGAUUCAGGAGCAGAUACAGACCAUGUGCUGCACAGGGUGGAGGACAGUAUCCGGUUUCAAGAGGUUAAAAUCUGACUCUCAUGUUUCCAAAUUGGGUUGAUUAUAACAGAGAUUCUUAUGUUCUCAGACCUCAGGCUUGCAGCUCAGUCUGGUGCUGUGAGUCAAAGGAACCAGUCAUUGUGAAUGUGCUUGUUUAUCCCCGGAUGACUGAACAAUGUGGUCAUCACUGUCUGUGGCUCUCUUUGAAUUAUAUGUAGCACACUGUCUAGUGGAACAAAUGACCCACUAAGUCGGCCUCUGAUUGAGCUGCUCGUCAUUAGUCGUGUUCAUCUGCAUGCUGAGUGAUCGUGUCUGAACUCACACAACCACCGCUGUCUGCAUACCACUCAGAUAUCUGCAUGCAAGUAGGUCAUAACUCAUCUUAAAACAUGCCCAGAAUUGAAAUUUAAUUUAAUAAAUUAAUAAAAGUC